AUGUCAGAAAAUAGAGAAAUUGAUGCAACAGAUCGGCGGGACAAAACGUUUGAUAAAGAAAAAUUGCGCCCUCAUGUAUAUUCCAGUGUGGCUGGAGGAAUGCGGUCCACCAGUGGAGACACCAAAGCAGUUCUUCUUUUCAGCCUUCUCUUUGCCCUGCUUUCAUACAUCGAUGCGUUCCUGUAUGUUCUGGGCGAUAUGGUUAUGAUGAACACUCAAAUGCCCAGCUCGAUAUUGUUCAUAAAGUCUGUGUUAGUCUUACCGAUGACUUUCUUUUUCAUCGUUAUUGUGCAGAAGGGACUAAGAUAUCUUAGCCAGCCAAGAAUGCUCGAGGUCAUCCUUAUUAUCUCAUCUGUGUUCUUCCUGCUAUUUGGAUUUGUUAUAUGGCCCUACUGCAAGAGGCUUCAGCCAGACUUCUUCUGGUCGAGAGACAUCUUCAGCGAUGGAAAAAUGAAGACCAGGCAUCUGGACUUCUUUUUCCCGAUCUUUCUUGUAUUCAGCGAAUGGGCUUCAACAAUGUUGUAUCUCGUGGCUGAGCUAUGGGGAUCCCUGAUUAUCUCCUUCAUGUUCUUUUCAAGGGCAAUUCAUCAGUGUACAGAAGCCCAAGUAAAGAAGUUCCUUCCCACAAUAUCACUGAUAUCGGCGGUUGUCUUUCUAUCCUCCGGACUGCUUACAAAAAGCCUGAACAGUCGCAGAGAUGCUCUUCCAUACCAUGAAAAGGAAAGGCUGUUUUCGCAAGUAUUCAUUGUGACCUCGGCACUUACAGUGAUGUCUGCCAUAACGAGCUUCUUCACAGAUAGAGCCUUAGCAAAGGACGACCCCAGGCAUAAAGGCAAAAAGGAACACAAGGUUCGCAAAAUAGGGUUUGCCGGAUCCCUAAAGAUGAUGCAGAAGUCGAGGUUUCUUCGGGCAAUGACAGAGUCUGUGGUGGCAGCCUCUGUAUGCUCGAACAUAUUCGAGGCAAUAUACAGGGGAGGAAUAGUGCUAGGAGCAGUCCAAUCCUCCACGUCCAAGUCUUCAUACAUGAACAGGCUGAAUGCCAUGGCACAGAUAAUAACCUCCAUCUUUCUACUUGUUAUGUUCUUCAAGCCGGCAACUCAUCUCAUAGAAAGAAGGGGGUGGUUCCCAGUAGCAAUAACAGCGCCUAUUGUUGCCAUUAUCACACUGGUUCUGUUUUUUCCAAUGGUCUUCUUCAACAACAUUACUGAGGGCGAUCUAAUUGCUUCUGGGGAGGAGUAUGUGGGGAGCUUUGUUCUUGAGAACUACACCGGGAUGUUCCUGACGACAAUCAUAAGAAUAUCCAAAUACUGCUUUUUUGACGUUGCAAAGGAGGCAGCGUCCAUAAGAGUGAGCCCUGUUCACAGGCAUUCCUUCAGAGGAAUACACGAUGGACUGGGAAUAAAUAUUGGGAAAACAAUAGGGUCUGUGUACUGUACUCUUGUCACUGUUGUAUUUGAUGUCAGGGAUGUCAGAAACGUGGUUUCUGUAUCCACCGUGUUUGUGGGGGUGUUCUGUGUAAUAUGGAUCAGGUCUAUUCUCCACAUCAACAAGAAGUAUAAGGAGUCGAUUGAGAGGAAUGAUUUCAUCAAUGUGGAGCUGGCUGAAGGCUGA